AACAGUUACAAAUUGAGCAAUCACUUAUUAAGUAUCGAUAAAUUGCACCUAUGUAAUUGAAAAUGUUGCUUAAUAUAAUAAUACUUAAUAUAAUUUUGUUGACGGGAGCACAGAGAGUAAAUUAUAAUAAAUAUGCUAUGUACGAAGUUUUACCACAAAACGAGAGGGAUAUGGCGUAUAUCAGAGAGCUAUAUGAAAAACCAGAUGGUGUGAAGUUUUGGUCUGAACCGUCAAUAGUUGGAAGUUAUGUCAGUGUCAUAGUGCCACCAGAUAUGAGGAAGAACUUUGAAGAAUCACUUUCAGAGAAGAACGUUACCGUCAAAGUGGCAUCUGAUAAUAUCCAGGAAAUGAUAAACGCAGAAGAACCUAAAAGAAGAAAACAAAGAACGGAGAAAAAAAGAGAAAUCAACGAAGUAUAUUUUGAUGCGUGUCUAAGUAUAAACAAUAUUUAUAACUAUUUCAAUGAAUUAACUCAAAAUAAUAGCGAUAUAGCUAAUGUGUUUACCAUUGGUAAAAGUUUUGAAGGAAAAAACAUUACCGGUAUAAGAAUAUCUAGGGGCUCUCCGAGUCGUGUCUUCGUGCUAGCAAGUGGAGAAAUUGGUGCUGACUGCUUAUCACCGACUGUUCUAACGUACAUUGUAAGAGAACUGUUUAGAGGAGACGACCCUGAGGCUCUAGCUGCCACACAAGACUUUGAAUGGCAUAUCAUACCAAUAAUCAACCCUGAUGGUUUCCAUUAUUCUCAAAACUUUGACAGACUAUGGGUUAAGAAUAGGAGACGCGAUAGUCUGGUACCAGAUGGUGUUGAUCUCACUAAGAACUGGAAUGCACACUGGGGAACUCACGGUGGUAGCUUUAUUAAUUCACAUGACAAUUACAUUGGGCCUGGACCAUUCUCGGAAAUAGAGACUAGACUAGUAUCUGGCUACAUAGCGAAUUUGGCCCAUAAUACUCGUAUCACUGGAUUACUAUCAUUCAGAACAUUUGGACAGAAUCUGUUGAUACCAUUUGCUCACACGACUGAACAUUUAAAUAAUUAUCAACAAAUGAUUACUAUUGGGAGAAGAUCACUGGGUUCACUCUCGGUCAGAUAUAACACUCAAUAUUUAGCUGGCACACCAAUGGAGUUUAAUAAUGCAUUUACUGGAACUAUCGGUGAUUGGGUGAAAGAAAAUUUCGAUCCUCCGAUAGUUGCGACAUACACUCUAAGAAACACACACACUCUACCUGCUAACCUGGUUAAGCCAGCUUGUGAAGAAACAUAUGACUCUGUAAUAGCCAUUCUCAGAGAAGCAAGAUUUAUUAACGUAAUAUAAAAUAUGUAAAAUGUUAAUGUAAUAAAUAAUAUAAACAGAAA